AUGGCGCCAUCGCCGGACGUGAAAGUGCCGGGCGAUCGUCUAGGGCUCGCGUCGGAGCUCGCAGUGGGUCCCGGCACUUACGCGCGCGGCCCGUUCGUGUACGCCAGCACAACGGGCGCCAUGGCCGUCACGCCCGGCGAACCAGUGAGUGUCCACUUGGCAUCGCCUCAUCGCCUCAUCUGCCCUGCGUUCUUCCCCGACGCCUGCUCCCGCUCUACCCGCUUUCCGCCUCCAAUUCCCCCCCACCUCAUCCCGCUUCCGACAGUGUCAGUGCGGCGCGCGGGAGCGCAAACUGCCAUUCCCAGCGUUGGCGCAAUAGUCAUUGCGAAGGUGGCAAGGGUGACGCCGCGAGCGGCUAUGGCGGACAUAGUGUGCGUGGGCGCGCAUGCCGUCACUGACAAGUUCUCAGGCAUCGUCAGGCAGCAGGACGUGAGAGCAACGGAGAUAGACAAGGUGGAUCUGCUGGCAUCGUAUCGCCCCGGUGACCUCAUUCGAGCUCAAGUGCUUUCACUGGGAGAUUCUCGGGCGUAUUUCCUAUCCACAGCCAAGAAUGACCUGGGAGUCAUACUGGCCAAGGGGGUCGCAGGUGUACCCAUGAUGCCCAUAAGCUGGCAAGAGAUGCGAUGCCCCAUCACUGAUCAAGUGGAGAAUAGGAAAGUUGCUAAGGUCACAUGA